GAGCGCCUGGAAAAUCCGACAUUUAAGUUGAUGUUGCGGUUGUAAUGACUUUAAUAAUAAAACGUGUAUAUUAUAUCAUGCGGAAACUUACUUUAGGUUGAGGUCUUUUGCAUACGUAUCUUUUAAUGAAUAUAAGAGUACAGCCAACACGCGCCGUGGUGGGAUUAACGUUACUACCUACUGGAAAAGGAAUGUGUGAAGGCCAUUUUGUGUCGAUGACAAUCCAUCUUUAUUCACUGAUGAGCUUGUCAUUAGUAGCUCGAUACACACUACGCACUUUAUAGCUAUUCUGUGACGAGAAUAGUCAAAAUUAUUGAUGAGGCCUAGCCAACACAACUCACAUUGAUGUGCCAAUCGCCGCCAUAUAUUCAGACGUCAACAAACGUAUCUUUAUACGGAUCAUUCGAAAUUCUUGCUAGGACAAGCAACAUUCUAAAGAAUAUCCUUCAGCUACAGAGUGGCGAAUCCAGGGAUUCCAAACACAGAUGUCUAACGCCGGGAGGGCGACACACGGUAUACACCAGAUUUAUAGUUAAAUAUCGUUCCUAAAAACAUAAUCUGUGAAAAGAUCGCGUGCCUGUAGGGAUCGAUCAGUGAGGCGUGACGCUGACCACUGUUUGGACUGACCGCCUCCCUCAGGAACUUCGGACACAGAUGGCCUCAACUAUGUAGACUAGACAUCGUCAUGGUCAAAUCGGAUGUCCCGAACGAUGGCUAUCCAAUGGACACAUGGGAGAAAAGUACCACACCAAAUAUGACCUCACAAACGCAACUUCCGGCCAAUGGAUUGAAACGAGGCUUCCGGAAACCACAGAACAAGUUCCGGUGGUACAUUAUCAUUGGAAUCAGUGUGUUGAUGACCUUGGUGGUCGUGGUUGUUAUCUCUUUGGCUAUUCAUUUCACAAGUAACGCAAAUAACCCAGAGACAUUUUCGGCUUUACAGAAAGAAGAUGGGCCUGACGCAUGGGCCACUGACCAACCGGACGCCGUAACUACGUUGAUGACGUCGGGCGAUGAUGUAACCACGUCUUCCGUCCCCCAGGACAUCACAACAUCCGACCCAGGGGCGGUAACUCCGAACUCAUUGACGUUAUCUACUAUCACCACACCUUCCAACCCUAGGUUAACCUUAAUGGCCUCUGACCUCACCGUCCAAAGGAAGAAAUUAACGUUGACCUGUGAGGCCAUAAAUGUGGCUGGAUGGAGUGACCUUCACAUCAUACGCCAUGACGCUGACGUUAAAGAGACCGUUGGCAUAGUAACGGCCGGAUUCCAGUACCCAUCAGUGUCCGUCCUUGACCCAGAUUUCAGUUCACAGAUAUCGUACAAAAACGACGCCGUUGCAUUUGUGCUGGAGUCGGACAUCCCGUACUGUUCCGGGGUGACCAACUACUCGUGCAUUGUGAGGGCAGUUCCAGGAACCUUCACCGCGGUCACAGAGGUCAAAGUAAAACAACUGGAACCUUCGGUUAUUGUACCAAAGUCCGUUGUUGCUGAGAAGAACAUAACGUUGCAGUGCUCUGCCGAAAUCCACGGACAGAGUGGAACCAUCAAGUGGAAAAUUCGUCCUCCCGGCAUGCAAUCGUUCUACGAUCUGAGCACGAGUCCUGUGACAUCACAAACGUUUUCGAACUGUUCUACAUCCAUUAACAGUACACUAAUAUUCGUACCGAAAACAUCAGAUAACGGAUCACACUUCCGGUGCGUCGUUGAAGGAUCGGAUGGUGCUAUAGAAAAGGCAGACUAUCCUAAAACGGAUGUGGAGUUCAAUGUCAUUCCGGAUACGUUCUGUGCUGAUAAAGCAGUCUACACCAUUCACACACAUCCGUACUCGCCAUGUAACCUGGUGAUCUACUGUUUUCAGACAGGUCCACUCGUUUACGAAAUUAACUGUGAUCCGGGCACUUGCUACGACAAGGACAAUACAAAGUGCAUCUGAGCAUGCUUAUCAUAAAUUACGAGGAUCGUCAUAACGUUUGCCACCUAUGUAAUGUUGAUGGAGUGUUAUAGCACUUACAUGACAUGGACUUGAGCAAAGAGUGGUGAAAUUAGUUUUGUACAUAUGACUUCCAUGGAUUGAAGAAAUCCAGGAAAUCUGUAUUGAUAAUUAGUCCCGUGGAAUUUGUGUAUACUGUUAUGCUGACAAAUGUGCAGACACCAGGUGUUACCAUGACGGUAUUUUAUUCGGAGCGAGCAUUUGUGGGAGCUGCAUUCGCAAGGAACUUUCUUGAAUCUAUCAAAAUCUUAUCAUGAUGUAGCUUUCUUAAUAGAUCACUUUCAUCUUUAAUCAAAUAUGUUAAUGCAUCAAUACUGAUGAUGUUCUUUUUAAAUGGGACUAUGGAACAAAUGUUUAAUAGUUUGAUAUGUCGAAUAACCUUUUUGAAUAAAAAAAAACAAUACAAAUUUGAUAAACACAGCAAAAUGGAGAGUUGUCACCACAUAAUGGACGACUUAUAGGUAAGGUGAUUGAUUGGGUCAUUUCGUUGUUUCGUCCCGAAGAGACGAGAAUUUAUAAGCUCUGGUUCCUUUGUCUUCUCGGCCCCCAAAAAGUUAACAACCAGAAUACAAGUUACUAAUCUGGUCUUUUCGGGGAGAAAGGUCGAAACAACGAAAUGGUAAAUAUCAAUUACAAAAUACACGAAACAUUGUAAGCUUGAUCACAAACUACAGGAAUUUUCUACAAUAUACCACAGGAGCCUGAAGUUCUGUCAAUAAUAAAUACUAGCAGUAAUACAAAACAAAACAAAACACUAUAAUAUGCUUAAAAAUAGACAGGAGUGCAACGGCAGAUUUACCCCUCGUCGUUUUUAACUAAGUUUUCUCGCACAAAACUGAAAAAUUCCACAGAAACCCAAACUCCUAUGCAGUCGAGGAUGACAACUGAUGUACACUACAGAUCGUUUUGUGGAACAACAUGCUUGCUAACCUGUUACAUAGCCCUUUUUUUAGAAUUCUCCUUUCAUCGCGGUCGAACGGAGUGAAUAUACAGGUAAAAUUAGAAACGAUUCCUGUUUCCAAAUAGAAUGAUACACAACUCUAAUGUAUAUUUGCUAAUUAAAGUAAAUGUGCAGUUAUGUUUUAAAAAGUUAAAAGUACCUACUAUUGUUGGUUAAUAUUUAAUUUCGAGCAGAAAACAUAUUACAAUAAUUACCUGUAUAUUCACUCCGUACGACCGGAAACGGAUUUACCGCAUGGAUUCCGUGUCAGUGGGCGCUGAAAGGAGAAUUCUAAAAAACGGGCUAUGUAACAGGUUAGCAAGCAUAUUGUUCCACAAAACGAUCUGUAGUGUACAUCAGUAGUCAUCAUAGUUUGGGUUUCUGUGGAAUUUUUCAGUUUUGUGCGAGAAAACUUAGUUGAAAAUGAAGAGGGGUAAAUCUGCCGUUGCACUCCUGUCUAUUUUUUAAGCAUAUUAUAGGUGUUUUGUUUGUGUAUUACUCAUUAUUGACAGAAUUUCAGGCUUCUGUGAAUAUACUUAGUAACACAGGAAAAAGGAGACAGUUUUAAAUGACAGAAAUUUCAGGAAACAUACGUAACAAAAUGCAGCUAUUGCAAAAUUAUGUUACAUUAGUCAGCAAUUAGAAGAAACAUUAAACAUCCGAAGGCAUUUCAAAAUUCUGUUACCUGUGUUAGCUAUCAUGAAUCAUUGUUAAAUUAGUUAGUAAUCAUGAAAGUAUUGAAUAUCCUUUAGCACCGUAAAACAUUGGUUUACUUGUUGUUAGCUGUCACAAACUACAGAAAACGUUUAUCAGCAAUUGCAGAACAAGGCUACAUUUGUUAGAUACCGUAAACUACAGGGAACAUUGAUUGGCUAUUCCGUCUUUGCGUAUUGCAGAGUUAUCUUAUCUUGGGGGCAGGUAUUGAU